CUACUGGUGCCCAUCAACACUGCUUUUCGUGACAACUGUCAAAGUGUGCCGUCGUGACUUAUUUGCUAUUCUGCAUUCUUUCUACACUCUAUCUCAUCUCAACAUACUGAAGAAGUAUCUUCGGUCUUUGCUGCGUCGCCUUGAAAGAUCUGACAGGUCGUCCAACCUACCUGCGCAAACCGUAACGCAAGGGCCGUCGUGGCCUCUGUGCUACCAAAAAUGUCCUACUACAGCCAACAGCCAGCUUACGGCCAGGGUGCUGGAGCGGCCUCCUCGAACCUGCAAUUUUAUCCAUCUUCAUAUACGAAUGUAUCAGGCCAUACUACACCCUCACAAGCAUCCUAUGGUGGCUAUGGCUCUGGGAAUGCUGCCUCGGCGUACUCUGGUUACGGCGCAGGCUCGGCAGGUGGAUUUGGGGGAGGACCAGGCAUACAAGGAGUGAGUGGACGUAUGGGAGAGUCCGGAGGGCUCAGGACCGGCUGGAUAGCUGCCUUUGGGACAGAAGGAUAUGACGGAGAGCCAGGCUUGAUGGAAGAGCUGGGUGUCAACCUGGGGCAUAUCAAGACGAAGACACUGACAGUCCUGAACCCGUGGACGCGACCCUCACCUCACAUUAUGGACGACAGCGACUUGUAUGGGGGGCUUCUGUUCCUGGUGCUGUACGGCACAUUCCUUGCUCUAUCGGGCAAGUUCUUUUACGGUUAUAUUUACGGCAUUGCCCUCUUCGGAUCAAUAGCUUUGCACUGGAUGUUUGCCCUCAUGACGCCGCCGGUAGACCCUAGCGACUCGGACCAAAUGUCGCAAGCUCAACAGGACCACGCCGGUAAUCCAGGAGGAGGACACUUUUCGAGCACCUUGACAUAUUCAAGAAGCGCAAGCGUCCUGGGUUAUUGUUUCUUGCCACUGGUGUUCACUGCGCUGUUCGGUGUACUGCUGCCUAUGGAUACUGUCAUUGGCUACGGUUUGACGGCGGCUGCGGUGGGGUGGUGCACCUUCAGCAGCUCUGGGAUGUUUGUGAGUGUGGGGAGAAUGAAGGGCAUGCGAGGGCUCGUGGCAUAUCCGCUUGCUUUGUUCUAUGUUGGCUUCGGUAUCAUGGGUAUAUUUUCGUCGAGAGGGAGUGGCAUGCUGCAGGGGAAAGUUAUGUGAGUCUGAAGCCAAGCAUGGAGGAGCACAGAAACACCUCUUGUCAAUUAUCUAAACGCAAGCAUGAAGUUGAGCGUUCGGCGAAGCUGGGUCAUCUAUCAUAAAAGACUGCAUCGCAAGCAUACUCGAUGAUGUCCGAUAGCGCUUCAGCUACAAUAAAUGUAAAAUUAUGAG